CGCUCCACCGUCGGCGAACGCAACGAACCCGAGUCGGCGGCUACUGAGCAUGUGAGAUGCUUCCGCGACAGUUCCUUGACCGCCCGUCUCUUUCAGGUGCGGAGACCAGGAUAAAAAGCCUGCGGAAGUAUGAGCCCAGCGUGGUGCGAUGUCCCUGGUGAACCUGUUGGGUGGCCUGCGGCGUCUACUACGCCGGAGGCACGUGCACAUCGACAAUUGCGUCUUCAGGCUGCACUGGCUCGUCACGUCGGCACUGCUGGUCGCUUUCAGCCUGCUGGUCUCGGCGCGCCAGUAUGUGGGCGACCCGAUCGAGUGUGUGCCGCCCACGAGCGACUUCCCGAUGGAGGUUCUCAACACGUACUGCUGGAUUCACUCGACUUUCACCAUGCCGACGGCGCUCGACAAGCGUGUGGGACUGGACGUGCCUCACCCGGGCGUCGACAACUCGAGCGGUGCCGAGCGCCGCUACACCGCCUACUACCAGUGGGUGGCCUUCACGUUGUUCUUCCAGGCGGUGCUCUUCUACGUGCCCUACUACCUGUGGAAAAACUGGGAAGGUGGCCUCCUCGAAGUCAUCACCAUGGGAAUGCACGUUGCCAUCAUGGAAGAGAAGGACCGCACUCACAAGAAGCGCGUGCUCACCGAAUACCUGCACAGGCACAUGCGUCACCACAGGCUAUACGCGCUCAAAUACAUAUUCUGCGAAUUCCUCAGCUUCGCCAACGUCGUCGGCCAAAUGUUCUUCAUGGACAAGUUUCUUGGUGGCGAGUUUUGGAAUUACGGCGUCCAGGUGGUGCAGUUCACGCUCAUGGAUCAGGAGGAGCGGCGCGAUCCCAUGAUCUACGUCUUCCCGCGAAUGACCAAGUGCGUGUUCCAUUCGUUCGGUUCUUCGGGAGACGUGCAGAGGCACGACUCGCUGUGCAUUUUGCCGCUGAACGUAGUCAACGAGAAACUGUACGUUUUUCUCUGGUUUUGGUUUGUGACGUUACUGGUGCUCACUACCACGGUGUUCGUGGGUCGACUCGUCAUCCUAGCAGUACCCAAGUUGCGCUUCCAAAUGCUCAAGUCCAGGAGCCCACUGCUCAACUCGGACGACCUACGGACGCUCGCACGGUUCGCCGACGCUGGCGAUGCCUUUCUCUUCUACAUGCUAGCUCAGAACCUCGACCCUCUGGUGUACAAAGAAGUAGUUGCAGACCUGACGGUUGUUAUGAACCAAAAGACAAGUGAAGAUAGAUCACCACUCAAUGCCAUCUGAGCAUUUAAUACAUAUCUGUUAAACUAAGAAAUUUCUGCAGAGCAGUAUUUCUGUGCGUUUAGUUAGUCGCGAAUUUACGAGGCAAGAGGCAGGCGCUGCAGGCAUCGUUUGAACUUGUGCCCAAGCAGCGAUACUUUCACAAUCAUCUAUGAACAUUACUUCUGUUGUGGUGAUUGUUAGUCAUUUAUUUCAGCUGCCAAGCAGCGUUACUUUCACAGUCAUCUAUUAACAUUACUUCUGUGGUGGUGAUUGUUGGUCAUUUAUUUCAGCUCUACCAGCUAAAUAAUAUUGAAAAUUUGUUACGCGCACAAUGAACUUACAGCACUGCUUUUAUUUCUCGUCAACUUGUGUUAUAUUAAGGUUGGAGGGCUUCUAACCUGUAUAAACAACGCUCAGAACAUCCGUGAUUGUGCUCCUCGAAACUGACAUCAUUGGUGUUGUGUUCUAACCGUUGAUUUUAUUGACAGCCGGGGGAAAAGCUAAACGAAGCAGCUGUUCCUGAAAGCUUACUGAACAGUGCUUACAGUGAUAUACAUUUGUAUUUUGGUCUGUGUAAGCCUAGCUUUCUUCGGAAAAAUAAUCUGCAAGCAGAAUUGAGAUCUCGCAUGCUUUCAAAGUUAGUGAACUACGGCAAUAUGCCUCCAGACUGAGCUGCCUGUCCCGACUUCGACUCGCGUUGUUGCUGCGAGGAGAAAAAAAAACACAUAAGCGACGGCUUUUAGUGAAACAGGUAGCGCAAGUGAAGUGAGUUUGCACUGAGCUUUCAGAGAUAUGCAAAACUGGAGGGGCUGCAACAAAUCUAACUUUCAUACUAAAAAUGUAUGUGUCACGCCGAUAUCAUCCGAUAAUGAAACAAACUGAACUCACUAAAUCAAUGAAAGGCACAAGAAAAUUGUCUAAUUGUUGAAAGGAGCUCAGAGAUGCACUACGCUUACAAAUGCUCUGUGACAAAAUUUUGACCAUGAUUGAUACGGCCGAAAUUUGCUACUUCUGGAGGUAUCAUGCUACUGCAGAAAGUAUAUUGUGUGAAAUGCCUCGGAAGAUAUAAAUAUUUGCAGCAAAAGGCAUGUUUUCCGUGAGAAAGGUAUGCGCCUGUAUGUUUAUACAGACUCAUUCAAGCCCACUGUUUUGCUUUGCUAUGACGAAAAAACAAAUGGCCACAACAGUUUAGUUAUCGGCAACUGGCAUAUUUUCUAUUGUUAUGGACUUAUGAAUAAAGUAUGCGGUGAGCCAAGAUGACUCACGCAACAAAAUAUACUGUACAAAACGUACGUGUGUAUACAAGCCAAGACUUUGGAUAAAAUAAUAAUUCUGAGUAGUUCCUAGUGGUGUAACUUCUUCACUCUAUUCUCUUUCAUCACAUGUCCGUAACAUCCGGCGUGCUCUGAAAGGCUGCCGAGAAGUCGGAUAGAAUGGAAUGUAUACAGUUUCCGUUUUAUAGCACAAUUUUCAGUAUUAUAAUAAAUACGUUGGCUACUUAAGUUGUACCGAUACUUACUGAAGCACCUUCUUGAUAUCUGAAUACCUGAUGUACAUUUGCACUUGACGUAAUCAGGUGCGAAUGAAUUCGAAAACUGGAUUCAGCUAGCUAACAAAUCACCAAGAUUUUUGUGACGUUUUAAGAACCAAAGUUUCAUGAAGCUCUUCCGCAUUGCUUAGUGGAUUUCUUCUGCAGAUGCCGAAAAUGCUAUUUUCACUUGCUCUUUCAAUAUUUUUAUCCGACGUGUAUAAUAGAACAAAUACAUGAUCCUUCAGAACAUGAAUUGUUAAACACUGCGGAGAGAUUGUCGAUUCAGUUGCACACAAGAGCUUGUUUUACUGAAACCAGUGCAAUGUUUAGCUCUCUUUGUGUUUUCGUUAGGUUACAUACUUCUUUCCUAAGACGCAUUCAUAUUUUUCACUGUGGCAGCAGGGCAUUUUUUGAAACGCAUUCUGUACGAUAUGACCAAUGAUUCUGUGAUCCAACUCGUCAGGGGUGAACAACCCGCGAGGCAAUGCUGUGCGUUCCCUGGCAUGACGUCAGAGCCCCUCUCGUCACUCCCCAUCUGAAGGCCAAGAGGGCAGUCUUGACCUCGAAGGCCAUUUUCGCUUGUAACGUCUAAAAUGCAUCCUUGUCCCAUGUAUGCUGAGCAUAAACAUGAUAUUUUUAUUGCCAUAUUUUAGAGUAGUGUCGAUUACGAUUCGCCGCAUUUUUUCUCUUUGCUUGCGAAGACCCCCCUCUUGAUUAGUCGUGCAGCCCCCACCAUGCCUAGUUUAUGCAGCUCGGCCCUCUGCCUCAAAUGGUUGCUGACCCCUAGAGUAAGCGAUACGUUGCCAAUAGUGCCUUUGCAAUGUGUUGCACUUUUUAGACUCAUAAUACUGCUGAAACAGUAAUACUGAUUUGUCAAGUGCAAUGAAUAGGAUGUCCGCAUCAAAUAUUAAAGUUUGAACGUCUAGUUGAAUGAAAGAUUCCAUGCUAAUUAAAUGCGUCAUUGUCGCCUUGGCAACAUUUUAUAGUGAAAGUGCCCAUGAAAUCUGUUUUAGCGCAGUUCCUCUAGGAAUUUGCUGCUCACUAUGCGAUCAUAGGAUGUUUCUCAGGCAGCAAAGACUUACUUUGAUACAAGCUAGUAUUGAAUAUGUGAAUAUGUUGAAAAGUGAACGAGUUACUAUCGAUAUUGUAAAUAAAUAAAUGCACAUUUGAAAUCU